GUUAAACUUCAGUGGUUGAAAGACUUUGGCGACUCCUAGCAACAGCAGCUAGCGAAAGAAUUGCUCAUUCUGACGGAGGGUGGUGACGGUUGACCGCCUUUGUGAUCCGCGACCGAGGUAUGCUUAUUUGUUUCAUGGUACCCGGUGACCAAGGCUUUUCACAGUCGCCCCGGCAACCAUUUUCGUCUUUUGGACACGUAUUCCACCACCUCCUCCCCUUCACCGCUACAGACAGACACACUCCGUGCGACGGAAAUGGAGGGAGGAGUCCAGCCGCUGACCAUCUCCUCCAUCCUCCCUCUGUAAGGACACUGCCUCAAUCUAUGGCCUGAGAGGCCACAGCUGUUACAAAUAUCUCCUUUACCCUCCCACGUCUAUUCCAGCAGUUCCUCGCUAGGCGCCUUGGUUGCUGGCACACAAAGCAAGUUCUCUGUGAUGUCACGGCAGCUACAUUCACUACAGCUUUGCAGCAUGGCUAAGUCGGCAUCUCCAAGCUUAGUGUGUGAAGGUCCAUCCCCUCAGCCGAGCACACCAUGUGCCAUCCUGCAGUUGUGUGGAACUUGUGGGAGUCGGUCGACUGCUACACAUGAUUACCAGAAAAGAGAAUCCGUUGUCAUUGCACCAGGAUACACCCUGUCUCGGACCAAGAGUAACAUCAGUGUCUCCUUGUGUGAUGAGUUCUUCAAUCGACCCAAGCCUGUCAGGACAUACGUUUCAAGGCCUGCACCAGAGAAGGACAUGGAGCAGCUGAUCAAGGACCUACAAGAGCAGAUCACACAGCUCGUGCAGUUACUGGAAGAGGAGAGCUACAAGCAGAUGGCCAUGGAGAGAAAGUUUCAGAAUAAGAACGAGCAGGCAAGGUUGUUGUUGGAGAAGAAGUAUGAAGAACACAUGAGUGAAACUGCUGCUAACCAUGCUCUUGAAGUCCAGGCGAUGAAAGAGAAAUUUGAAGAGUCAAUGGUAGAGAUCAAAAUGGACGCAGAGAAGCAGUAUGCCGAGCUGAAGGGAGAGCUUGAUAGCACACAGGCUGCAUUUAUGUCCUAUAAGGAAUCCAUCAUUGAAGAAAUGAAUGAAAGCUGGGCACAGAGAGAAGCUGAAAUGAACAAGCAGUUUGAAGCAGACAAGAGAAUGGAGUUGAGCCUGCAGGAGAACACCUUGAAAAAGAAAUGUGACCAAGAGAAAAAGUUAAUUGAAGAGCAAUUCCAAAAACAGAUUACUUCCAUGCUUGAGGAACACAACAUUGAAAUGGAGGAAGCUGCUAACAAAUUUAAUGCCAUUUCUGGAACAGUCGAGGAGCUAAAAAUGUCAAAACAGAAGAUCCAGGAUCUGCAGGAACAACUGGAAAAGAAGACAGAAGAGCUACAGUAUCAGACUGAACACCUAAGCCAUGUCAAGGAACGGCUACAAGCAACGGAAGCUAAACUGACAGAAUUUGAAGGACUCUACAAGACAGACAUAAGCUCCCUGCAGAGGAAAUAUCUGAGUUCCAUAGAAGUUUUAGAGAAUCAAAACAUGGAUCUGAAGCAAUUGUUUGCUCUGAAAGCUGAAGAACUAUGUGUCCUAAAGGCCAAAAUAGAGGAGCAAGAGAGAAUACAGAAGCUUCAAAUGAGAGCAAGUCUCCGGGUCACUUUACAAGAAUAAAGCAAGGUCAAUACAAGGGACAUGGAUAAGAGAUGGCAGCAAACCACAGCACUUGUCCAUGUGCAUCACAGUCAAAGGGAUUGAGUACAAGAUUGAAAAUGUAUGGAGCAAAGAUUAGCAACUGCACUGCAUGGUAUGUUUUGCUUGGUUCAAAUGUACAAUUGCUCACUGGGAACCUUGUUUUGUAAACAGAAUAAAUUUGGAUUUUGG